UUGAAAACUCGCAGUCCAUCGCGCUCAGCAGAAGAGGAGCAGCACAACUAAAUGUGACUUAUCUGAGCAUCAUCAUCAUCAUCACAUCUGCGCCUCCGGGAGACAAAGAAGAGACGAACUCUGAAAGCGCAAACAACGCGACCAGAGCCCCCCGGAGUGAUAUGAUAUCUUCAUUAUUAUUAUAUCUCUCGACGUGACGACUGUUUGUCUGCCUCUAAUGUUUCCAACCCACUGAGACCAGGGGGAUUUAUUCCUUCUUUUGUUCUUUGCUUUUUUAUUGACUAUUAAUAAAAGCAGCCAAAACGAAUAAAUACGGGUCAUUAUGGUUUUGUUAACACUGCAUAAUAGAAGAGGGUUGAAUUGCUUGUGCGCGCAGUUCUUGCUGUGGAUUUUAUGUGCUGUGGACGGUGAGGAGCAGCAAUUCAGUGUGGAGGCUUGGCUGCAGAGGUAUGGCUACCUCCCUCCCACAGACCCCAGAAUGUCCGUCCUGCGGUCAGAACAGACCAUGCAUUCUGCUAUCGCUGCCAUGCAGCGUCUCUACGGCCUUAACGUCACCGGUGAACUGGAUAAGAACACCAUUGACUGGAUGAAGAAGCCACGAUGUGGGGUGCCAGACCAGUUCGGCGGUGCCUCGAAAUUUAGCGUCCGAAAAAGACGUUACGCCCUCACAGGGCAGAAAUGGCAACAUAAACAUAUCACAUACAGCUCUCUGAAGUCUCACGUGAGCCGACACUUCCACUCUCUGAUUGUGGACAUCCUCUCUACCUCUUCUCCGUCUCGCUGUCUUGUCAGGGAGUUCAGCUGGAACGACCUCUUCCUGGUGGCGGUACAUGAGCUGGGUCACGCGCUAGGCCUGGAGCACUCCAACGACCCCACUGCCAUCAUGGCCCCCUUCUACCAGUACAUGGACACAGAGAACUUCAGACUGCCACAUGACGAUCUGCAGGGCAUCCAGAAGAUCUACGGACCUCCAGAUAAACUUCUCCAGCCCACGAGACCUCUACCGACGGUUCCACUGGCCCGCUCGCACCCUCCCGCAGAUCCACGCAAAAACGACAGGCAGACGCGACCCCCGCGAAUACCGACCGGCGACAAACCAAUGCACCCCAACGCCAAGCCAGACAUCUGUGACGGCGGCUUCAACACGCUAGCCAUCCUCAGGAGGGAGAUGUUUGUCUUCAAAGACCACUGGUUUUGGAGGGUCAGAGAUAACGCCGUGAUGCCCGGUUACCCCAUGCUCAUCAAUGUCUUCUGGAGAGGUCUGCCACCCAAGAUCGACGCCGUCUAUGAGAACAGCAAGGGCAAAUUUGUGUUCUUCAAAGGCAAGCAGUUCUGGGUGUUCAAGGACACAAUGCUACAGCCUGGCUACCCGCAGGACAUCUCAAUGUUUGGAAACGGCAUGCCAGCGCAGAGUAUAGAGACAGCCGUCUGGUGGGAGGACGUGGCCAAGACCUACUUCUUCAAAGGAGAUAGGUAUUGGAUAUAUUACUUUUUUUUUUUUCUUUACCCUGUCUCUGCACGUUACCCAAAAGGCCUCUGUGGGCGAGACAGAGUCAAGAAAAUUGACCCUAAUUAUGUGUCAUCAUGGCCAGCCGAUCAUGGGGAGAUGGGAAAGGAUAGUUUCACUUACUUCUACAAGGACAAAGAGUACUGGAAGUUCAACAACCACAGGCUGCGGGUGGAGCCCGGCUACCCUCGCUCCAUCCUCAAAGACUUCAUGGGAUGCGACCUCAUGCCCAUCGACCCCGACAUGCUGCCGACGGAGGACGAGGACGUGGUGAUUAAACUGGACAACGAAGCCAGCACGGUCAAAGCCAUCGCCAUCGUCAUUCCCUGCGUCCUGGCGCUCUGCCUGCUGGUGUUGAUCUACACCGUCUUUCAGUUCAAGAGGAAGGGGACGCCCCGACACAUACUGUACUGCAAACGCUCCAUGCAGGAGUGGGUGUGAGUCACACGGCCACAAGACACGGUGGCGUAAACACCCUAAACUUGCGGACUUUGGCUCUCGACCUGCGUCUCGCUCAAGGAGAACAGCGAGGGCCUUUGCUUUGAUUCCCCCCUCCAAGAGACGAGGGGUGCAUUUCCCUCCAAAACUCCCUUCUCUUGUCCCAUUGGCCCCGGUGCACCCGCUGUAGGACUUGCGAGAGGCUUGCGGGAUUGCAAGGAUCCCAUGGUGCAUUGCACCAUCCAGUGCCACCGUUUGACGUGGAAAUCGCUGAUUGCUAUACCUUUAGGUUUUACAAGUGCACGCUGAAAACAUGAAAAAAUGUUGCGGUUUUUUUUACUUUCCGGAUUUUCGUUUGACUCCAAUCUAUUUAUUUUCGAACCGAAAUAUUUACGAUUACCUUUAAAGCAUCCCAAACCAAAUAAAGACUCCAAAGAGGAUCUUUUUUCUUCUUUUUACGAUUUUUUUAUUAUUAUUAUUAUUAUUAUUCCCUCCCUGCUCUAAAUAUUUUGUAGUGAUAUGUAAGUGGGGGAAGUUUUGACUGUUGUGGCAGUCUGUCUCAAAAACAGGGGCCAAAAUAUUCUGCAAUAUUUUUAAUAGCCUUAAUUAUGGAUUGUGUUGUUGCUUUUGUUUCCGUUUAUUCGUUUGUUUUUAAGCACCGCUUCGUUUGUCCUGUCGGAUCGGCAGUGCAGUAUUGCUUUGCUCCCUUUGAGAUCGAUUUGAGACCUCAUUUUUGCCAGGGGCCGCACUGGAACGGGGCGGGACUCCUUAACCUCUGCCUAACAUAUCAGUCAAAACAGAGGGAAGACCAAGCCACUGCAACGACAAAUACUUUAUCGCGUUUUUUUCCGUCCGACGGUAGAAUUGCAACGCAAAGGAAGUGCUUGAACCGUUUAUCGUGCUUAACGCUCACUCGUUUGGUCGUGUUUACACGGACAGAGAUUUGAGAAUUUGUUUCUUCCCUUUUUCCGAAAGGUUGCUGUUCGAGACAGAGCAUGUCAUCUCCUUCGGACUGCCUUGUUUUUAGGUCUGGAUGGGAUUAGAGAACCUUGACGUUUGAACCAGAACCACCAGAGCAACUCAGGACAGCGCUUGAUUCAAAGUGUAUGCAAGCCUUCACAUCCAGUCCUGUGUCUUUAUUAUCAACCGAGAAGAAAAUCAAGGAUAUAUCAUGUAACGUUUCAUCAUUGCUUGUGAUCGGAAGUUUCUGCGAAAGGAUCGAACGAUUUUUUUUUACGGAGUCAGAACUUUCGGUUCAGUUCAUGUCUUGCAGUCUGACUCUAGAUCGGUCCUUUGCAUCGAACGGAUGUUUGAACAUACAGUUAUUUGCUUGCAUUAGCAUUUUUUUUAUGUUUGUUUUUCUUUUCUUUUUUGGUACAUUUGAAAUCAAAUGGUCUUAACCUCAACUUUAAAGUGGUACUUAAAGUGCUAAGCUGUCAUCUGACGUUUCUUUAGAUGCGAGAAAAACAAAAAACAUACGUGAUCUAAAAGAAACCAUAUGCGUCUUUCUGGCAAGCAGUGUUUGAAUGUGUGUCUGUAUUGAUGCUAGAUUUUUCUUUCUUCUUUCUUUUUUCCUUUUUCAUUGUUUUAAGAAAAAAAAGAAAAAAAAAUGGGACAUUCUUCAAAUUCAUGUACUUCAUGACUCGGUUUGGGAUGAACUGUCCCGACAGACUUAAUAAAUUAAUCAGUAUAUGAUUAAAA